GGGAGUAACGCAGCUGGCUUUGCAGAUUUGAGCAGUGGACUUGAGGAAGGGCUUUCCUUCAUGUAAAUGGUUUGAAUUUGGGCGGACGUCAUGCCGACCAUACUGAACCAUUGCAGAGUGCCAAAUACACGCAUUUAGGUCAAUCGAAGCCGAAACGCAGGACCACCGUCAGGAUCAAGUCAGCAUCUUGCCAGGCGCGAGACAAGAUUUUGCAGGAAAACGAGAGAAUUUUGCCAAUAUAAACCCGGGUAUCAAGUACAGCGCCUUGUCUCUUGGCAACGGGAGAGAUCAGCAGCAGUUCGAAAUGACCACCCUGGAACGUCUGAAAUUCGGAAAGGAGGCAAAGGACAGCGUUACGCUGCUGCCAUGUUUUUAUUUUGUAGAGCUACCUAUUCUAGCCCUAGCUGUCAUCAGUCUUUACUUCCUGGAGCUAACAGAUAUUUUCCAGCCAGUGCAUUCCGGAUACAGCUGCAAUGACAAAAGUCUUUCUCUACCCUACAUCAUACCCCAAAAAGAAGUUUGUCCUCUGCCUCUGCUCUUCAGCUUGGUAUUUGCCAUUCCUACUGCCACUAUUCUCGUAGGAGAGGCUAUUCUAUUCUGCUAUCUAUCCAGGAGGUCAUCGUCUAUGCAGACUGAGGCAAACAUCAAUGCCGCAGGCUGUAAUUUCAACUCUUACAUUCGCAGAGUUGUACGCUUCAUUGGUGUCCAUAUCUUCGGCCUGUGUGUGACAGCACUGAUAACUGACAUUUUUCAGCUGUCCACUGGACAGCACACACCUUACUGGCUGGAUGUGUGCAAACCCAAUUUAACUAACAUUAAUAUUUCGACUUGUGAUGAAGCUUUUAUUUUGGAUGACAUUUGUUCUGGACAAGACAUCAUUCUCAUCAUUGCUGGGAGGAAGUCUUUCCCCUCCCAGCAUGCUUCUAUGGCUGGCUUUGCAGCUGUUUAUGUCUCAAUGUAUUUAAACACAGUGCUGACAGACUCCACAAAGCUGCUGAAGCCUCUGUUGGUUUUUUCAUUCAUCAUGUUCGCCAUCCUAGCCGGAUUAACCAGGAUCAUACAGUUCCGAAACCAUCCUGUUGAUGUCUACUGUGGAUGGAUUCUGGGGAUAGCUGUUGCUACAUACCUGGGAUUUUUUGCAGUGGGAAGUUUCCAGCCCAGCAAAGAUAAAUCGAAAAGACGACUGCUGCCCCUCACAUUAGGGAAGCCUCUCCCAUCUUCUUUCCACAGUGUCUGCCAAUCAGAAGUCAACAACAGCCACCAAGUGGGCCACCACAUGUUGACAGCCAACCAACCAGAGCCAGUCAACACCAGGACCAUUUCCCACACCUUCUCGCCCGAGCAGAAAGAACAAAUUCUCAAACGAAGCUCCUCCUACCGGGAGCCUUCUCAGUCCAAUCUGAAGAUCGCCAAUGCUGAUUUGGAAAUGAUCGCUUCGCCCAGUCCUGUGAGGAAUUGUGAUAAAACCUUCAGCAGCAGCACAUUGCCAAGGUCCCACGGUGCCUCAUCAUUGGAGGGAUGUCGCGUUCCCCGCCGUCAUGCCUCUAUCCAUUCCUCAAUGGAUUCAACCCGAUCCAAGCAACUCCUCAGCCAGUGGAAGAAUAAAAAUGACAAAAGGAAGCUAUCCCUCCAGGCCAUGGAUGGCAUAAGACCAGUUUCCUUAUCUCCUCAAAGAGAUGUGCAGCAACACUACCCCUCUGAAUCAUCUGCCAUAGGUUUGGAUACAGAGCUCCAUGGUGGAACCCACCUGCCUUCACCCACUGGCCAGGAAGGAUCCCACAUCCCAGCCUCGUAUAUAAAAAUAGCUGCAAGCUGUGUUCCUAUAGCCAAUAAAAAAACCUUGACCCAGAAUGAAGGUAUUGGCUUUGCUGUUGGACCAAGAAUGAUUAUUCAGUCACGUCCUGGAUCUUCUCAGCUUGUUCACAUUCCGGAGGAGGAAAAUUCUACUACCAGGGAUCAGGAGAGUGAAUCAGAAGACAGUGCUUUGGAUGUGGUUGGGUCUGCUAAACAAAAGUGGAUGAGAGUUUCGGAAAAGACCACCAUCCCCUGCAGACCCCUCAGUGCAGGCGGUCAGCCACGACUCAUGCAGGUAAUUGCUUUCUCAAAACAGCAGGGCUUGCUCAACUCUCGGUCAGAGGAUGGUGGCAGCACUGUCAGUUGCACUGGAUCUAUUCGGUACAGAGCCCUAAUGGACCAGGAGUCAUCACCACCGGCCUCCACUACUGGUGCAAUGGAAGGCCAAGGAUUGGAACGAACCGGCAGUAUAGUCCGUGUUGAAGCCCACCCAGAGUCAAAUAAGCCUGUGGUGAAACCUCCAAGCACUGAUGGAAGUGGCUCUUGGCGUUGGAAUCCAGGAGAAAAACGUCCAUUGCUACAACAGUCAGUUUUUAACAUCAAUGAUUUACACAGAAAUACAGACAGCUGUGAUUUCCCAGAGGAUGCUGGUUCAUUGGAUGGGUGGCAGAGUGUAACAGGGACCAAAUUGGAAAGCAAAGGUGUUCUAGAAGGUGGUGUACACACCAUUCCCCCACAUGCAGUAUAUCCGUUCCAUCAGUCACCUAAUUUUCAGGAUCCCAACUCAAGCAAACCUGUCACUCCCAGUGCCAUAUUUGCCCCUCCAUUCCAUCACCACCCUCAGUCUAUCACUACCAUUAGAGUAACCCCUGUGGAAUCAACUGGUGCCAGUAGUGAUGGGAGCUCUGACAGCCAGUCAGCUGCAUCUUCCAGCCGAGAGUCCACCUUAAGGAGAAAAAGUGGCACAAACAUUCACUUCACCCAAGAUCAAGGGCUUACAACUGAUCACAUUCUCUAUGAGAAGAGCAACCUCUUCCAAGAAAACCUGAAAGGUUUUCAAGGCAACCCCAACCACUGUAACAGGCAAUUACAAGGAAUGUUUAGCCGUUCAGGCCGACACCCCCCACCUACUUUACCCCGUCCCCUUAUGACUCACUCCCCACCUCCAACUCUAGGAUUGGCCUUCAAGGAAUCUUAAUGUGAAGUACAUCCAUUAAAACAUGGUAAAAUGUUGUCAUGCAUCACCAAUGGGGAUUUUAUUUUCUGGGCAAUAUACACAUACAUUUUGGCCAUUUGACAACCAGACUGGGCAGUAUCCUUUAGCUAUUUAUCUAUUUCUCUCCAUUGCCUUGGUGGAAAUCAUCUUAUAUUUACCUUGUAAUGUGCUUCAAUAUUUUUUUAAUUAAUAAGUCAAUUCAUGUUACAAGCCAUAGAGAACCUACUGAAAUCUUAUCGAGAACAUAAUGAUGACAAUUGCAUUCUGCAGGAUUGAUCUUGAUUAAUUUUACUUUAAAUAUCUUAUCUCUUAGUCUCCUGGAUAUCUGAAUACAGCAGACUAGUGGCUUUUUCAUUGCUGAAACUGCUGAACGUCUGACAGCUGUUCAUGGCUUUACCAUACACAAAAUCUCACCCGUUAACUGCGCAAAAAUUGAUGCACCCUCAAGACCCUGCCGCCCAAUCUCACCCGUUAACUGCGCAAAAAUUGAUGCACCCUCAAGACCCUGCCGCCCAAUCUCACCCGUUAAUUGCGCAAAAAUUGAUGGACCCUCAAGACCCUGCUGCCCUCCUCCAAUUACUAGGUCACUGAUGAAUCAGUUUAUAUAUGAAUAAGAUUUGAUUAUUCAUUAUUUAGAAGACUGAUGGAUAUUAGUGCCACAGCAUUUCAAAUUUGCGUAUACUCCGAAUUAUUGUUCGAUUAUUCUAGAAAUUUUACAAACCAAUUUAGAAUAAGCGUGUAAAAGACUGAUAAAAUAGUAGUCAUUUUUAAUAUUUUGACCUGUAUGUUUUUUUAAACCAGUGUAGACACAACAUAGUAUAUCCUGUUUUACAUGGGCAGACUUUAUUCGUUUUUAUAGCAUCAAUUGCUUUAAGUGAGUAAAAGACAUAAAACAGUAGUCAUUUUUAAUAUUUUGACCUGUAUGUUUUUUUAAACCAGUGUAGACACAACAUAGUAUAUCCUGUUUUACAUGGGCAGACUUUAUUCGUUUUUAUAGCAUCAAUUGCUUUAAGUGAGUAAAAGACAUAAAACAGUAGUCAUUUUUAAUAUUUUGACCUGUAUGUUUUUUUAAACCAGUGUAGACACAACAUAGUAUAUCCUGUUUUACAUGGGCAGACUUUAUUCGUUUUUAUAGCAUCAAUUGCUUUAAGUGAGUAAAAGACAUAAAACAGUAGUCAUUUUUAAUAUUUUGACCUGUAUGUUUUUUUAAACCAGUGUAGACACAACAUAGUAUAUCCUGUUUUACAUGGGCAGACUUUAUUCGUUUUUAUAGCAUCAAUUGCUUUAAGUGAGUAAAAGACAUAAAACAGUCGUAAUUUUUAAUAUUUUGACCUGUAUGUUUUUGAAACCAGUGUAGACACAACAUAAUAUAUCCUGUUUUACGUGGUCAGACUUUUUUCAUUUUUAUAAAAUCAAUAUCUUUUGGGAUUAUGAAGUAUUACUGUAUCCCAUUCAAUUAAAUCUACUCCCUAAUAAUCAGGUUUCAGUUUAUGAAUAUACACACUACUGCGAUUAAAGUCAGCAAUAUAAAACAAAAGUUGGCACAAGGGCAAUGUUAAUCUUGUACAAAAACACAACUGUUCAAGAAGAGCCAUAGAGCCAUUAUUUGGUCCGUACUGGGCCCAAAAUCAGCCCAGGAAUUUAAGACAGAGAGGCCACCAGUGCACAUGACCGAAGCCAGAAUUAUUUGUUGUCCCUCCUGUCGCGCAGCGAGGUGCUGAACGGCAACCAAUGAGCAGUGACCACGAUUGUAGGUCUCAUCAUAUCUGUGGUAUAGUAUAAAUAAUACAAAUUAGCUCGCCAGUACGGCAGCCUGACACACUGUAUCACUACCAGUCUGGUUAUUGAUGUUUCCUGUUCCAUUCUCUUCCUUCUUCUCAUCCUCGCCCAACAAGACAACCACAUAUUCCUCCUCCUUCCCCAAGACCAGCACCACCUCCUCACUGCCACCAUGACUGGGGUCACCCAGUCCUUCAAUAGCCCCUCUGCAGUGUUGGGUAGAUUACUUUGAGAAUGUAAUUGGUUACAAUGAAAGGUUACCCUUUUGA